CCGACAAGAAGAAGAGAGCGCGCACGUUUUAUUUUAUUUACAAAAAAUUAAUUGCCUUAUUUAUAAAUCAAAUGUUCCAAAAUGGUGGAUAAUAUAACAUUAAACAUAAAUACAAAUACGAAGCCGGCUGUUAAGAAAAAACAGCAGAAUGGACCUGGGAUACAAAAACGUGUUGCACCUUCGGGGGUAUUUGAUUUUCAGUUUAAUGUGGACAAGCCCAAAGUCAAGGCGAUUGUUUUGAGACGAAAGGCCACUAAACCAGUCACUACUUCUCCAUCAGUUCGUCCUCCUGUUGCUCCUUUGGCAGCUCCUCCUGCUGUUCCAACAUUAACCGCCAAAACAUCUGCCGUAGCUUCCAUUUCUGGAGAUGAUUUUAUGCUAAAUGUUACCAAUCAGCCGCUUAUCAAGUCGGCGGCUUCCAAGCCCAAGCCUAAGGUCACCAGGGCCGAGAGAUUGGGCCGGAAACAAAAGAAUAAGAGCCGUGUUGUGACCAAGCUCAGUGACGAGCAGCUUUCCAAGGCAUUGAAGAACCACCGGAAGCCUGUCAACCCCAACCAACUGCCACGAGCUGGAGACCUUUUCAAGCAACAGAUGGAGGAGGAGAGACGACGUCAGAAGGGAGAGCCGGAAAGGACAGAAAAUGAUGGAGAUGAACCCAAGGAAACCAAACCAAAAUCCACUAAAGAACCGUCUGAAGAUGAAGAAUCACAUUCAGAAACCGAGGAGCAAGCUCCCAAGCCCCCAGCCCCCAAGCAGGAAAAUAAAAAAUCAGAAAUUAAUCGCUUUCGUACCAAAAAGAUCGGCCUAUUCGAUCAGAGCGAUGUGGAGGCACUGAAGCAACUUGGCCAACGCGCCGUGAAGCCCGUGAAGGAAACCAUAUUCACAGGCGCCAAGAUCGCCACACUGGGCCUGCACCCCCAUGCUGUGAAGAACCUGGAGGACUUGCUAAGCAUACGGGAACUGACGACAGUCCAGCAGAAGGCCAUUCCGCCCAUACUCGAACGCAAGGAUGUGCUGGUGCGCUCUCAGACGGGCUCCGGUAAGACCCUGGCGUAUGCUCUUCCUCUGGUGGAGAUCCUGCAGAAGCAGCAGCCUCGCAUCCAGCGAAAGGAUGGCGUCCUGGCCCUGGUCAUUGUUCCCACCCGCGAACUGGUAAUGCAGACCUACGAGCUGCUCCAGAAGCUGGUGAAGCCCUACACCUGGAUCGUGCCGGGCUCUCUGCUUGGCGGCGAGAGCCGGAAGAGCGAAAAGGCCAGACUGCGCAAGGGCAUCAACAUCCUGGUGGGCACUCCGGGACGCCUGGUGGACCACCUGCUGCACACGGCCUCUUUCAAGCUGACCCGACUGCAGUUCUUGGUCCUGGACGAGGCUGACCGGCUGCUGGAGCUCGGUUAUGAGCGGGAUGUGAAGCAACUGGUGGAAGCCAUCGACAAGCAGCGCAGCGAAGCUGAGCAGAAGGAUCUGCCGCAGCUCCAGAGGCUACUGCUGAGCGCCACUCUGACCUCGCAGGUCCAGCAGCUGGCUGGGCUGACCCUGAAGGAUCCCCUCUACAUUGACAACAGCGACGAGGCGGCCAGUCUGGCCCUGAAGUCCAAGGACGGCUACCAAAAACAGAGCAUCGAGGCGCAGCUGGGCGUGGAGGAGGACGGCCUCGGCGAGUACCAGGAGGAUGUGACGGGCGUGCUCAGCAUUCCCGAGAAUCUUCAGCUCAGCUAUGUGGUGGUGCCGCCCAAGCUGCGUCUGGUGGCCCUGUCCUCGCUCCUGGCCAAGGAGGUGGAGGCCAACCCCAAGCAGUUCAAGGCGAUUGUCUUCAUGAGCACCACGGAGAUGGUGAACUUCCAUCACGACAUGCUUAACGAAGCCCUGACCCGCAGAGUACUGGACGAGGACGACGAGAAGGAGGACGACGACGAGGAGGACGGUGGCGAGGAGCCUCUUCUGCCAGGCCUGCGAUUCUUCAAGCUCCACGGCUCCAUGACCCAGACUGAGCGCCAGGGCGUAUUCCGGGGAUUUCGCGACUGUGCCAGCUGCGUGCUCCUGGCCACCGACGUGGUGGGACGCGGCAUCGACGUUCCGGACGUGAAACUGGUGGUGCAGUACACGCCGCCGCAGACCACCGCCGAUUUCGUCCACCGCGUCGGACGCACCGCCCGAGCUGGCCGGAAGGGCAGGGCUGUGCUCUUCCUGGCGCCCAGCGAAUCGCAGUUCGUGCGGCACCUGGAGAAGAAGCGGAUCCGCAUCCAGCAGGGCGACAUGUACGCAUACCUGCAGGCCUUGCUGCCCAAGGAUGAUGAGGCGAAGACCGUCCAGGAGGCGGCCUCGAAUCUGCAGCACAAGUUCCAGUCGCUCCUCGAGGACGAUCGCGAGCUGCACGACAAGUCCUGCAAGGCCUUUGUGUCCUGGAUGAAGUUCUACUCGACGUUUCCCAAGGAACUGAAGCCCAUCUUCAACGUUCGCAUCGCUCACAUGGGCCACUUCGCCAAGAGCUUUGCCCUCAAGGAGGCGCCCACCAAGUUCGCCGCCAAGCAUGCCGCCCCCAAGGCAGCCCCGCCCACCAACCGACUCACCUAUACGGAGCGCGAUCCGGAGAAGAUCCAGGCCCAGAAGAAGGCGAAACGCCGCAUGUUCACGACGACAGUCAGCGGGGAGGUGCGGCAGCUGCAGCAGCGGGAAGGACCACCUGGCCCCGAAGGCCGGAAGGGCGGAGGAGCUGGCGGAGCUCCCGGAGCACCUGGAGGAGGUGGAGCCGGACCUGUGGGCCGCAGCAGCUUCAUGAAGAGCCUGAGCAAAUCGCGAGCCCUGAACAUGUCCGAGUUCGAUAGCGGCCUGCCGGCGGCGGGUCCUGCCAAGCGAAGGAAGACUUAGGAAGCUGGAGGAGGCGCAGAGGAGCGAGGAGGAGUGCUGCUGGGGAUCCGGACUCCCCGGAUGGCAAUGCUCCGGGCAUUUUGCGGCGUUUUAUGCGCGCCAUUUUGCCCGGCCAGUUGGCAGCUGCCUGCUCAAGCAUUUAAUCGAAAAGAAAAUUGCUCCGUCGCUGUAGGACGCUGAUAUCCCCUGUACAUAUAUAUAUAUAUAUAUCAAAUAUAUCCAUCUCUAUGUGUAUAAAUGGAUGUGGCCAAUGUAGCCAAGGAGAUGGCCGAGAUGCGCUCAUAAAAGUUUCAUUUUUCUCAACUUUUAAGCCCGGACGUCCUGCGGGAAAAGUUGAGAAGCUGCCUGACAGCAUAUUUUAAGAUCCUUUUUUUUUGUUUUUUGUAUUUUUUGUUUGAUUACCCGCCGUAAUAUUCUUAUGCUUUUUUCCUUCUUUUCGUGGAUAAAUAUUAGAAAUCCAUUUUCCGCUCUCUGCAGAUUCAUUCAGUUUUGAAAAUAUCAAGGGUUCCACGGGGUCAGGGGUCAGGCAGGGGGUGCGGUGCGGUGCGGCACGUGUUGCCCGCGUGGAGCUGCCUCGCUUUUUGCCUUUUAAUUCAACUGAAGCGCAUAAUUCGUUGGACAAGGCAUAAAUAAAUAUCAAAUAUAUAUAUGUAUAUAACCGAUUUGUUUUCCAUUUCGACGGCUUUCAUGCUUCUAUUUGGCCAAGGACACGUGGCCAGGAAUCGGACACUGGGGGGGUAUUAUGGCCCCUUAAUUGCGGCCCUCUCAAAUGGGAAUGAAGUGGCCCUAAUUAGCCGCCCAGCGAUUGAUUUUUAAUUAGGCCAUUCGACCACGCCCCCCCGGACACGCCUACUCCAGCCCACUCCACUAGAUCGUCCUGUCACUCAAAGUCAAAGGCAAUCAGGCAUGAAUAGGAACCGAAUCGAAGGAUAAGUCGAUUCCUAAUUACGUGCGAGUGUCAACAUAUGAAAUAAUAUUUUGGUAUAAAUGCGACCAUUAAAAGGAAACCCCCCCAAACGAGUCCUUUUUUAUGGGGUGGACACUGGACUUCCAGGAACCGCUGUCAGCCUAAAAGGAUA